AUGGCCAAGAAGCAAUUCACAAAGCUGAACAACGAGAAUUACAAUGCAUGGGAGUUUGAGAUGAGGGCUGUGUUGAAGAAGAAGGGCGUGUGGUCCAUCGCAUUGGGGGAGGAAACCCGUCCGGUUGGAUCGCUGAACCACAACGCUGUGAAGAGCUGGGUAAAGAGGAGGGACAUCGCCGCUGGAGAGAUCAUUGAGAGGCUUGACCCGGGGCAGAGUCUCAUUGCGAUCUGGCGCAAAUUUACCUGGAUCACCAAGGCGGACAACACACCGAUCCAUCCGUCCAACACACUUACCAUUGUGACCCUUCUUGGAUCGCUGCCAAAGACCUACCACCCUCUCGUCGUCGCGCUGGAUGCCCAUCCUGAAGCUGGAGACCUUGACUUUGUGAUUGGCCUUGUCCUCAACGAAGCUGUCACAUUGGAACACUUCAACCCUGACAUGCCAUCUAUUGUUUCACCUGGACAUGAGUCUACAGCACUGAAGAUCGAUAAGCUGCUGAACCCAUAUGCCAAGCCAACCAAGCCGUGGGAUGCAAUGAAGGUGCUGGCUGACUGGGACCGCCCGAAUGCCACUAUGGCCAUCAUCGAAAUUGCUUACACGCUGUAG